AUGAAACCUAACCUAUAUCAUGCAGCAAGGGAUGCAACUUAUACUUUUUUGCCAAGUGAGGAGGAUUGGAAGAAGGUUAGUGUUGUUUGUUCAUUUCUUGAGAAAUUUAAUGAAAUAACUCAUCUUAUUUCGGGAAGUGAAUAUCCUACUUCUAACUUGUUCCUUACUGAACUUUACACCAUUAAAAAGUUGUUAAAUGAAGCAAGUGCAGAUGAAGGAAGUUUCAUAGUAGAAAUGGUUAACAAGAUGAAGACUAAAUUUGAUAAAUAUUGGGGUGAUAGCAACUUAUUGAUCUCUAUAGCAGCAGUUUUAGAUCCAAGGAACAAGAUGAAGUUGAUUGAAUGGUGUUUUCCAGAGAUAUAUUCAGUUGGUGAUACAAUUGAGCACAUUUCUAUGGUUCGUGAGACAUUACACAUGUUGUAUAAUGAGUAUGUUGAAGCUCAUAAAACUAGUGUUGACAGUAGCAAUGUUCAAAGUGAAACUCAAAGAGAAAGUUCUAUUGGUCGGAGUAAUUUAAAUGGAAGAGGAAGAGGUAAAGUAAGGGCACAAUUUUCUAGUUACAUAAAGAACGUUGACAGUGUUGAGCAAGUAAAAUCUGAAUUAGAAGUGUACUUGGAUGAAGGAUGUGUUAUUUGUGAAGAUGAAACUGGCUUUGAUGCAUUGUCAUGGUGGAGAAUUAACAACUUAAAAUUUAGGAUCUUAACAAAAAUGGCUUGUGAUGUACUAUCAAUUCCGAUAACUACAGUUGCUUCUGAAUCGACUUUUAGUGACGGUGGUAGGGUAAUUGAUCCUCAUCGUGCCUCUUUGGGAACAGAUACAGUCCAAAUAUUGCUCUGUGCAUCAUAUUGA